UGAAACUGAGCCCAGAACUGCCAGAUUCCACAUUUCCCCCACGCCAAGUUUCUCUCUAAGUUGAACGCUGAGGAUCCCGGUCUGGGAGAGAAGGGAGGCUGUGGGCCUUUCUGGAGGCCAGCUCUCCGGAGAUGACGGGGUUCUCAGGACGCCCUGGACUCGGUUUCUCCGGAAGGCCCGUCCCUGGAUCCCGGCUUUCUCUCCAAGGUGGGAGUUCUGUCUUCCCUCGGGGGAGCGACGCCGGAACUUCCCGGGGAAGAGCAGGAAUUUCUGAAAUCCAAGCCCCGCCGAGAGGUGGUCACAAAGCACCGAGCUGAUCUCCCUGUGCUAUGCGGCUGCUUCCCACUACCUCUCUAGUUUACGUUUGGUAGUGUAUGUAUGUCUAUGCCACUCUCUCACUUCGUCCCAGCUUACCCUUCCACCUCCCCACAGUGCUGUGUCUUGAGCUGCUCAAGGACUCUGGACUCCAAAAGAUGCCCUGAUGGGUACCACAAGGGGAGCCAGGGGGCCACCAGACAAUCACCAUCACCCUCUGAGUCAGCACUCAGCCCAGCUCUGCCUGCGGAAGAGGGAGGUAAAGAGAGAUAGGAGGUGAGUUAAGGCCCAAGCAAAAUCCAAAUUCAGAAUCACAGCCAGCCUCACUCUGGGAGCUGAGAAAGCCAGAAGUUCCCGGUCCAUCUCAUCUGCAGGCCCUGCUCUAGCUGAUCUGCCCCUCCCUUAUCGGUCCCGCUGGAACAGUCAUGCUUUCCUCUGUGACAGCCCCGUGGUUGCCCACAGGACUUGACAAAACUUUCAAGGUUCUUUAAACACACUCAGCUACAAAACUGGGGCCCUUCUGUGCACCUAUCAGCUCUCCUGCCCGGAGGCCAAAUGUGGCACUCUUUUUGGGGUCGGGAGGAAGAAGGUGGAACCUAGCCACGCCAGAGAGGCCCUGGAGUGAAGCAGGGCAACCUCUCCCCGCGGCUGGAGCACUGCCCUGGGCGUGGCCCGGCUGCCCAUCUGAUCCCUUCCUACAAGAAUCUGCAUGCGUCCUCCCUUCCUUGCUUCCUUCCUCUGGGUUCCUCCCUCACCAACCUACCUGGAGGCAGGUAAUAAAGCAGGAGGAGGGAGAUGGAUGGAUGGGGAGGGCGGAGAGCCACGUGGUGCCAUAAAGCCCAGCCAGAGGGCCUGUCCCGGGAGUGUCCAGACUGCAGGAGUCAACGCUCGGAAGGUGGACUGUCAGGCUUGUGAGCCGGAGCCGGGGCGCCAAGGCCCGGGAGGCGGCCAUGCACCGAGGCGCGCCGGGACCAGGCCUCAGGGGCCUGAAGGGGGACGAAGGCUCUGCCCAGGACUUGGGGAGCUCUUGCCUGGAGGCCGGGAAGGAUUUUGGAGUGCUGAGAGAGAACAGCAGUCCCCGCGACCUGGGCGAGGCAGAGGAGGUGGUGGGCAGCAGAAAGCGCAGCCGGCCGGUGCGGUCGAAAGCGCGGCGCAUGGCGGCCAACGUGCGAGAGCGCAAGCGCAUCCUGGACUACAACGAGGCCUUCAACGCGCUGCGCCGCGCGCUGCGGCACGACCUGGGCGGCAAGAGGCUCUCCAAGAUCGCCACGCUGCGCAGGGCCAUCCACCGCAUCUCGGCGCUCUCCCUCGUGCUGCGCGCCAGCCCCGCGCCCCGCUGGCCCUGCGGGCACCUGGAGUGCUACGGCCAGGCCGCGCGCGCUGGGGACGCGGCGGACGCGGGCUCUAGCCCGCCGCAGCCUGCGCCGCUGCCCGCCGGGCCCUUCGCGCCGCGCUGCGCCUCGUGCUUCCUGCACACGCCCCUGGGACAGGCCAGGGCGGUGGCCGAGGCGCGGGGCGUGGCCCAGGCCUCCGCGGGAAGCUGGCGCCGAAGUCUCGGGGCUCCCUCUGCCUGGCCGCGGGGCCACCUGCGAGCGGGCCCCGGGCUGGGCUACCAGCACUCCUGACCCGGCGCCGAGAGCACCCGCGGGCCUGGAGGAAGGCCGGCCUGGGAGGAGCCAAUGACCUGAUGACUACAGAAGGGAAGAUUAUAAAAUCAUCCUGGGCAUAGCUGAAUGGGCUGAGGCCAGAGGGGGAAAGGAGGCGCUUUGCCAGUGGGAAGGAACUCUGGAGCCCGGGGCUGCACCCCUUAACCCCCCCCCCAAUCCCAGCCAGGGUUGGCAGCUCCAAAAGGAGCAGGAUCCUGCUGGGCUCUUACCUUUGGACUCGAUGAACUCUUCUUGGAAAGUGACUUUUGCAUCCCUGUGCCUCUAAGUCCUGCUGUUUGUUAGGAGAAUGGGGACUUUUGGACAGGGGGGUGAUGGUAUGUGGGAGUGUGAGUGGCAGCUGGUGUGGUCUGACGGCACAGUGUGGGGUCCCCUCCCCCUGCCUGUGCUGAGGCCCCAAGUCUGUGAUCCGGGAGAGGCCAUCAGGAGCAGCUAAAUAAAAAGG